AUGGCUGCGCUUCAGACUAUCGAAGUUCCACACCUUGGCGGCAUCAAGGCCGGAUACGCCUUCUCUAAGGACCAUUACGACCCUUCCAAGCCGACAUGCGUACUCAUUAAUUCGAUGUGCAUGACUGUGUCUCUCUACCAUGACCAAUUCAACGAUGAGGCCUUGACUGAUGCCAUGAAUCUUCUGGCCAUCGAGCCAUUAGGCCAUGGCUCAACCAGUUCUCCCUCGGAACAUUUUACGUACUGGGAUUCUGCUCAUAUGGCUUUACAGGUCAUGGACCACUUUGGCAUUCAGAAGGCCUUCGUCCUAGGGACAAGUCAGGGGGGGUGGAUUGUGACUAGGAUGGCUCUCCUAGCCCCAAACAGGAUCCUCGGUCUUAUGCCCCUCGGAACCUCGAUGGAUUACGAAUCCUUGGAUUCUCGGUCCAAGGGCUGCUGGGACCCUGCUGCCAAUCUCACGGUGUUUUAUGAGAAGUGGACCAGCCCCUCGGCUACGCCCGAAUUUGUUGUGGAUGACGUCUGGUGCGGACUGACCCUGAAGGAAGUGUAUAAGGGCGAUGAGGGCCGGAAAAAGGUUCGGAUGGCACUUAAUUGCCUACUGGAGAGGGAUGGGCUCCUACUUCGGAUCGGGGAUAUCAAAUGCCCUGUGUAUUGGCUACAGGGAACUGAAGACACUCCUUUUGGGACGAUCGUUCCUGCGGAACAUAUUAAACGUUUUACCUCGUCUGUGGAGGCUAAACUUGUGAUGAUUGACGGGGGUGCGCAUUACCUGAAUGCUACCAACCCAAAGGAGGUGAAUGAGGCCCUUCUGGAGAUGGUCACCAAGUAUAACUAG